AUGAUAAGAGAUUUCGGAUGUAAGAGGAUUGGAUGUAAGAAGAUCGGAUGUAAGAGGUUUGGAUGUAAGAGGUUUGGAUGUAAGAGGUUUGGAUGUAAGAGGAUUGGAUGUAAGAGGAUCGAAUGUAAGAGGAUUGGAUGUAAGAAGAUUGGAUGUAAGAAGAUUGGAUGUAAGAGGAUCAAAUGUAAGAGGAUUGGAUGUAAGAGGUUUGGAUGUAAGAGGUUUGGAUGUAAGAGGUUUGGAUGUAAGAGGAUUGGAUGUAAGAGGAUUGGAUGUAAGAAGAUUGGAUGUAAGAGGUUCGGAUGUAAGAGGAUUGGAUGUAAGAGGAUUGGAUGUAAGAAGAUUGGAUGUAAGAGGAUCGAAUGUAAGAGGAUCGGAUGUAAGAGGUUUGGAUGUAAGAAGAUUGGAUGUAAGAAGAUUGGAUGUAAGAGGAUCGAAUGUAAGAGGAUUGGAUGUAAGAGGUUUGGAUGUAAAAGGAUCAGAUGUAAGAGGAUCGGAUGUAAGAGGAUUGGAUCUAAGAGGUUUGGAUGUAAAGAGGAUUGGAUGUAA